GAUUCUCUACAGUAUUGCUGCAUGGAUAACAAGGACAUAAUCGCCGUUGGCAGACGAAAAGCUGUCCCAAGUAACGCCCUCGACAUAUCACGCUCAUUAGGCACGCGACUAUGCUCAGUUGAUAUACUGACGUUUAUGCAGUGGUGAUGCAUUUAACAAUGGCCCAUAGGCGAAAGUAUGAGAGCCGGUAGCAAACACGAACGACCAUGCUUCUUCGGAGCCUAAAUGUGCUGCUGUGCCUGGCACUUCUGGGUCUACAGAGCAGGAGCAAUGGCGCCCGUGCGGCGUCCGACGACCAGCGGCCCUGUCCUUUCGCCUCAUGGCGUGCUGUAAUUGGCGUCCUGUCAGCGAGCACAAGCUGUCGUGGAUGCGACUUCGAUGCCGCGGAGUGCGUGCUGCGGUGUAAGCGGUGCGCGUUCGGCUGGCCAGCGGAGGUGGACCUUCGGACCUGCCCCACACACGGCACCCUGCGCAUCAACCUCACGCCGCUGGGGCUGGUGUGCACAACCAAGGGAGUGAAAGUUAGCAACUCAACACGGGUAUCGUCUCCGCCGCCACCAUUGCGGCCGCCAUCGCCACCGCUGUCGCGGCCACCGCCUUCACCCUCGCCACUGCCGCCGGUUGUGGCUUCCCAACCGCCAUUUCCGCCGCCGCCGCCCCCCUCGCCCCGGCCGCCUUUGCCGCCGUCACCACGGCCAUCGCCACCGCUGCUGCCACCGCCGCCCGUGCAGUCCCUGCCUCCCUCGCCGCCUCCUCCCUCGCAAGCGCCUCCCUCGCCGGCGCCGUCUCCAGCUCUUGUGUUCGGGCCUUCCCCACCCAUCACAGAGGUGUUUGCCACCAUCGCGCAAGCCGAGGUGGCCAUUGCCUACGGCCACAUGCGGCCUGCUGACGACGCGUGGAGCGGCUCCGCGGCCGACGAGGCGGCAGAGACGGACGUGAUAGCGCUGGUGCAGCGGGUGGACAACAGCACCGACUUCGUGCAGGAGACGGACGCCGAUCCCGCCGACCCCUCACUGGAUCUGCGUACGGGCGAUGUGGUGGAUGUGACAGUCACACAGGCGGUGGAUCCCUCCACGCCCAUCCGGCGGCGGGUGCUGCUGGAGGCGGCGGCCGGCACUCGGCGCAGCCUGCAGGAUCUCAGCAGCGGCAUCGUGACGCCGGGCGGGCGCGGCAGGCUCAGCAUCACUUCAUUCAAGAAGACCAGCAGCAACGGCGGCAAGGAUUUCAUCGUUGGGGAUCAGCCGUACAACCUGACGUCGCUCACCUUCCUGAUGCAUAUGUGCGGCAAGAACCUCACGUACACUCGCGACACCGUCAACCGCAUGUUCUUCAACCGCUUUGCCACCACCAACAACUACACCUUGCAGAGGCACCACGAGGUGUGCUCCUACAACAAGUUGCGCUUCCCUCCUGACACCAACCUGGUGUUUGGGCCGGUGUCGGUCCCCUGCAGCGGCACCGUGGCGGUCACGUCCAACACGGACAACCGGCUCACAGGUGUGCAGUACAACUAUGACUUCUCCACCCGCUGCGGCAACGACGAGCGGUACGGGCUGUGGGAGCUGGCCAAGCGCUGGUUGCAGACGAACCAGCCGUCCAUCUACGCCAACAUCCGCUUCUACAAGCGCAAGUUGCUGCUCAUGAGCGAGGCGCCCGCCUGUGGCUUCAGGGGCAUGGCCAACAGCGGCUGCGGCUCCUCGCACUGCAUCUCAUGGAUCCGCUCCACUCCUAGCCUGACGGAUGACAUCUGGUCCAAGCAGGGGUUGCCUGACGCCACCACCAUCUUCCAGGAGCUGGGUCACAACAUCGGCCUGAACCACGCCGGCAGGCUGUACCCGGCCGCCGGCAGCGACGGCAGCUCCUUCACCGUGGGCGCCUACGACGACAUGACCGACCCCAUGGGCGGCGGCUACCCAGACGCCUCCCGCAUGACCGCAGGGCCCGUGUGCCUGUCGGCGCCACAGGCCUACAAGGCGGGCUGGGCUAGCCCUGUCGCGGGCGACGACACCGGCGUGCUGCCCGGCGACUUCGAGCUGUGGGACAUGGACGAGGGAGUCAAUUACUACUUCUCACUCCCCUCUAUGCAUCUGGGCGACAAGAACCUCAUCCGCAUCCGCAUGUCCGCGGCCUUCAGUCUCACCGCCAACGCCGCGCCCAACAACCGGCUGCUGCAGCAGGCCUACUUCAUCAGCCUCAGGCAGCGGCAGUCGACCCGCGGAAGCUUCGACCACGCACUUCGACCAGCUUUUGACAGCCGUGUGGCCGUGCACGAGUACAAUGGCACCGCCAGCGCUAAGACCGACAACCCAUUGGUGGUGACCGGGCUGAGGCAGCUGCUCACAGCCGGCAUCCCCACCACCACACAAGUGUUUGGGUCGGCAGCAUUCAACAUCUCCCGCGUGUGGACCUCGCCCGCCCUGCCCAGCAAGUACAGUGACCCCAACAUCAAGGGUGGCUGGCUGACCGUGGGAGUGGAGCGCUUCACGACCGCCACCGGCAUCGCCCGCGUGCGGCUGUGCAGGACCACCCGCACCCUGGCAACCAUCACUGUGGAGGAUUGCACUGCGGGCGACUUUGACUACAACUGCGACGGCCUGCCUGACUCGCAACAGGACUUCUGCGACAACCUCAUCAACGGCGCAGGCAGCGUCCGGCGGCGGGAGCUCAUUGCCGCUGCGGAGUUGUGAGGAGGCGAGGGGGCGAGGGAAAGCCAGGCUGCUGUUGCACGGCAUGGUCGAACUAUGCCUGUUUGCUAGGUUUGCAUGUUGGCUUUGCGCUCUGCCUGAGUUCAAUCCUCCAACGAAUGAGUUACUUCAAGCGUAAGUGGGUUCACAACUUACAGCACUGGCGUGCCACAACCCUUGCUUGCAGUGCAGCGUGCGUGCCGUAGCGAGACAUGCCAUCUUAUCAAAUGAAUAGUCUGGGCCUUGGUCUGGGCCGCUCGUGGGCGCGGUGCAGGUUUGUUUAACUUUAUGAGGUAUGGGCGACCGCAUCGUAGGCGUUCAGGUUUACCCGCACAAAGCGUUGCGUGGCGUGACGUCGUGGCAGUGGCGGAAUGGAGGGUGGCGUGGCGGGCGUUCCAAGCUUGCAAUGGGUCAAAGUCAGUGACGUCACCCGCGCGUUAGGGCGAAUUCAGCCAGCGGUGCGGCAACGAGCGUCAGUGUAAACCCAGACAAGU